AUGGAUCGUCAAUUAUGCAACAUUGAGAUUGAAAGUUUUGGCUACACCAUGCGGGACAUCCGAUAUAAGUGGAACGAGGGACCCAACUCUGUGGGCGUAUCAAGCGAGGUGUCACUUCCGCAGUUCAAGGUUCUCGGCCACCGGCAGCGAGCUAUGGAAAUCUCUCUUACAACAGGAAACUACUCUCGGUUGGCGUGCGAGAUACAAUUCGUUCGUUCCAUGGGCUAUUAUUUGAUUCAAAUUUAUAUACCAUCUGGUCUAAUUGUCAUAAUAUCUUGGGUUUCUUUUUGGUUGAACCGAAAUGCUACUCCCGCUCGUGUUUCUCUCGGCGUAACCACCGUGUUGACGAUGACGACCCUUAUGUCAUCAACGAACGCCGCACUGCCUAAAAUCUCGUAUGUCAAAUCCAUUGACGUAUACCUCGGCACCUGCUUCGUCAUGGUCUUCGCGAGUCUAUUAGAGUACGCUACUGUUGGAUAUAUGGCUAAGAGGAUACAGAUGAGGAAGCAACGGUUUACAGCUGUACAAAAAAUGGCUGCUGAGAAGAAAAUGCAAUUGGACGGGCCACCUGGAACAUCUGAGCCAUUGCCACCACCGAGGACAAGCACCCUGACAAGACCACUGCCCCCAAGCCGCUCUUCGUCGUACAACCCCCACACACAGGAAGUGCGGUUCAAGGUUCACGAUCCCAAGGCAUAUUCCAAAGGAGGUACUCUGGAGAAUACAAUCAAUGGAGCACGAGCGUCUGCUGCUGCCCCACCACCACCGCAACCUGAGGAGGAACCUGUUCCACCGCCACACCUGAUACAUGCCUCGAAGGGUAUCAACAAACUACUGGGCACCACGCCAUCGGACAUCGACAAGUACUCCCGCAUCGUGUUUCCGGUUUGCUUCGUAUGUUUUAAUCUCAUGUAUUGGAUAAUUUAUCUACACGUUUCCGACGUGGUGGCUGACGACCUGGUACUACUCGGCGAGGAAAAU